GCGGCUCCCGGUGGCGGCUCCCGGUGGCUGUCGCGGCGAUUUCAAGCGGCGCUGUGAGCGGGCUAAGAUGGCGGCGGGCCGGGCAGGAUGAGCGGCGGCGGGCAGCGCACCCUGCCCCAGGUGUGGCGGGCGCCCGGCGGCGGAGCCGAGCGCGGGGACGCGGGCGGCGACAGCGAUGACGACCUGCUGCUGGCAGCCGCGGCCGCGGCCGACCCCGGCCCGCCGCGGGGCUUCAGCGAGGUGGCGGGGUCCGUGUGGAUCUACCCCACCAACCUGCCGGUGCGCCCGUACCAGGAGCGCAUGGCCGGCGCCGCGCUGCUGGCCAACACCCUGGUGUGCCUGCCCACGGGGCUGGGCAAGACUUUCGUGGCCGCCGUGGUCAUGUACAACUUCUACCGCUGGUUCCCCUCGGGGAAGGUGCUGUUCCUCGCCCCCACCAAGCCGCUGGUGGCUCAGCAGAUGGAGGCGUGCGGCCGCGUCAUGGGCAUCCCGUCCCGGGACAUGGCGGAGAUGACAGGAGGAACCCAGGCUCUGGGCCGUCGGGAGCUGUGGAGUACCAAGAGAGUAUUUUUCCUCACACCCCAGAUAAUGGUCAAUGACCUCUCUCGUGGGACCUGUCCCGCCGUGGAGAUCAAAUGUCUGGUCAUUGAUGAAGCCCACAAAGCCCUUGGCAAUCAUGCCUACUGCCAGGUUGUGAGGGAACUGAGCAAAUACACAAACCAAUUCCGGGUCCUGGCCCUGAGUGCCACCCCAGGCAGUGACACCAAGGCUGUGCAACAAGUUAUCUCCAACUUGCUGAUUGCUCAGAUAGAGGUGUGUGCUGAGGAUUCCCCAGAAAUUCAGCCUUAUUCCCAUGAGAGACAAGUGGAAAAAAUUGUAGUUCCUCUUGGGGAAGAACUGGUAGAAAUUCAGAACACUUACAUCAAGGUGCUGGAAGCGUUUGCUGGGCGCCUGAUUAAGAUGGGAGUUUUAUCCAGGAGGGAAAUUCCCAGCCUGACCAAGUACCAGAUCAUCCUGGCAAGGGAUCAGUACAGGAAGAACCCCUCUGCACAACAUGCAGGAAUCCAUCAAGGCAUCAUUGAAGGAGACUUUGCCCUUUGCAUCAGUCUGUACCAUGGCUACGAGCUGCUGCUGCAGAUGGGAAUCCGCUCCUUGUUCAUCUACCUGGGGGGAAUCAUGGAUGGCUCCAAAGGGUUAUCCCGCACCAAGAACGAGCUGGGGCGCAACCAGGACUUCAUGGAGCUCUACCAGCAGCUGCAGGACAUGUUCUCCCACACUGCUGGGACCCCUGAGAGUGGAGCUGUUUGCAAGAGCACAACAGCAUUGGAAAAGAAGAGGGAAUUUGUCUACAGCCAUCCAAAAUUAAAGAAAUUGGAGGAAAUCGUAAUAGAACACUUCAAAUCCUGGAAACAGGGAUGUUCUGCAGAGGAAGGCAGGAGUGCAGGGGACACGCGGGUGAUGAUCUUCUCCUCGUUCCGGGACAGCGUGCAGGAGAUCGCCGAGAUGCUGGCGCGGCUGCGCCCGGCCGUGCGCGCCAUGACCUUCGUGGGACACUCCUCGGGGAAGGGCACCAAGGGCUUCACCCAGAGGGAGCAGCUGGAGGUGGUGCGGCGGUUCCGCGAGGGCGGCUACAACACGCUGGUGUCCACGUGCGUGGGCGAGGAGGGGCUGGACAUCGGCGAGGUGGAUCUGAUCGUGUGCUUCGACGCGCAGCGCAGCCCCGUGCGCCUGGUGCAGCGCAUGGGCCGCACCGGCCGCCGCCGCCACGGCCGCAUCGUCGUCAUCCUGGCCCAGGGCCGCGAGGAGAGGACGUACAACCAAAGCCAGUGUAACAAAAGGAGCAUCCACAAAGCCAUUUCAGGCAGCAAAGCCCUUCGUUUCUACCAGCACAGCCCGCGGAUGGUUCCAGAAGGCAUCAACCCCAAAGUGCACAAAAUGUUUAUCACUGCAGAAAAACAGGAGCCCAGCACCUCGAGGAUGCUUUCCAAAGAGAGGAGAUCCAGCUCCCUGCAGCACAGAUCUGCUCUCCUUGCCUGUGGCCCUGGCCAAAGGCAAACGAACUGCCAUGAGAGCUGGUCCUUGUCACCUGAGGAGUUUGAAAUAUGGGACAGACUCUACAGGAUUAAGGAGAGUGAUGGGAUAAAGGAGCCAGUGUUGCCUCGAGCUCAGUUUGAAACCUUAGAAAAUCUGGAAGAAACACCAGAGCCUGGGGCGGGGGCAGCGCGGGAGCUGUCCCUGUGUGAGUGGAGCAUUUGGCAGAAUCAGCCUCUCCCCACGUCCCUGGUGGAUCACUCGGAUCGCUGCCUCCUCUUCAUCAGGGCCAUGGAAAUGAUGGAGCUGAUGAGGCACCAGCAGGGAGACUGCAGCUACGAGCAGGAGCUCCAGCCUCACCUGCGGAUGGAAGAUGUGAAUAUUCCAGGGAACAGAAGGAAUCUCCCCGUGGCCAACCCCCCUCGGCAUCAGAGAGGUCGCUGCUCCAGGAAAGACCUGGCAAAACCAAAACCAAAACCAUUCCCGCCUGACACAGGUGAUAAUGGCAGCGAGUUCUUCACCACCUUUAAAAUACCCAAACCCAAGGCUCCCAGGGGAGCUCCUGGGCUCCGUGAGGAGGUGCCUGUGUUGCCUCAGGAUCCUUCGGCCUCUCCCUCGGGAACAAGGCUUGCUGUGGCUGGGCACUGUGACAAGGACGAGGGGCUGGAGGUGACAUUUGACCUAAGUGCCUUUAUUGAGCUGUGUGACAGCCCUGCCAGCCCUGCCAGCCCAGCAGCACAGGAGCACAGCCCUGCAGGUGAGGCCUGCGGGUCCCUGGGGAGGAUCCACUGCGAUUCGGGGUACGAGACCUCCCCGGUGGCCUCGGAGCUGUUCUACCUCCCUGAAUCCUGCAGGGAUCCCCUCACGCUCCCGGGACUGCCCCAGGAGCCCCCGGGGCUGGAACAAACCUUCUCCCAGGUGCAAAAGCUUUUGUCACAGUGCCCUCCCUCUGGGGAGGAGCUGGAGAGCAUGAUGAGAGAUGAAGGAAUAACAUCUCCUUCCCCAGAGGUUCUCCACGAUGGUCACUCAGGGGCACUGCAGGACAGCAGCUCCUCUGCAUCCCCAAAAACUGAUCCUUCACUGCUGCUCCUGGAAAAUCCCAAAGGGGCAGUUCCCAGGGAAUCCUGUGCCUCAAGAAGUCCCUGUUUGUCCAAAACUGUGUCACCUGCCGAGGCUGCUGCUGUCGAAGAGGAGCAGCUCUGGGAUGACAGCUUCGAUGGCCUGUUUGACAGUGAGGAAUUCCCUGAAAACAGCAUUCCCAGCGUGAACCACCCCCUGGCAAACGGCCCUUCAAAGGGGCCCUUCAUUCCCCAGCACACAGCAGAGGCUGCCCGUGAAGCUCCUGGCGAGGAGCAGAGCCUGCAUUUGUUUGAGGAUGAGGCUGGUGAGGACGAGGGCCAGGGCAGCCCCGUGAGCACCGAGCCUCCAGCCAGGGCAGCUCCAGCCAGGGCAGCUCCAGCCAGGGCAGCUCCAGCCAGGGCAGCUCCAGCUGGGGGGGAGCCCUGCAGGGAAUCCAUGGGAGCAGCAGGAGCAGUCCUGGAGGUGGAUGAUCCCUACGACUGCUCCCAGGACCUGUUCUCCGUGACCUUCGACUUGGGCUUCUCCAUCGAGGACAGCGGGGAGGAGACCUCUGAGGAGACCAGGAAUGCUGGUAGCCCCAAGCUGAACGGGGCCCCGGGGAGUGCUGAACCCACUGCAGAGGCAAAAACACCCCUGGGUGACAGCUCCAGGCUGGAAACCUCACUGGGAUGGGACUGCAGGAGGCUGGAGAGAAGGAAGGUGUCCACACCGUUGUCAUUCCAGAGCAGGGGCAGGAGUGACAGGGAAGGGAGCGGGGGUGCUCCUGCUGCAGGGCCUGUCCUCCAGGCAGGAGGCAGAAUGGGAAGGGAGCCCCCUGAACCUUUGCCUUCAGCACUUCUGACCCCAACAAGCAGCAAGGGUGUGAACAUCAAAGCUGUCAAAAGAAUUCCUAUGAAAAUCUUCUCCAAUGCCAGGGAGGAAAUUCCAGAGGUGCCUCCUGUAGAUGAAGUCCAAGAAGGCCCAGGGAGGCAGAACUUUGGGAGAUCAGCUGUGGAUUCCCCUUCAGGGAGGACAGAAAGCCUGGAAGACACCAAGCUCCGUGGAUGCCGUGGGUCUCGUGCUGCAGGACGCAGCAGUGACAGCGAGGAAGAGAUUGUUUUCCAGAGGAAAAAAAGGAUAAAAAAGAAUGUUUUGAAGUCUCCUGAUGGGAUGGAUGAGAGCGACCUGGAGUCUCCAGUUCGGGUGGCCAGGAAACGCCGGCGCCCUCUGAACGUGUCGGACACGUCCAGCGAGGACAGCGGGGACUCCCAGCGGGGCAGGAGCGGCUCCCGAGGCCGGGCCGGGCCCCGGGCAGGGGCGGCCAAGCGACGGCGGGGCAGCGGCGGGGACACGGCCCAGGCUGCAGGCAGGCAGUUCCUGGAGGAGGAGGCCGAGCUGUCCCUGCUGGACGCUGAGGGAGUCUCGUCGGACGAGAGCGACAGCGCCGAGGACGAGCUGAGCCCGGGCCUGGCGCGGUUCCUGAACGAUGACGGGGAGCCCACACAGGCCCUCAGCGACUCAGAGAUGAGGGGAGUUUACCUGAGCUCGGUGCGCAGCCCCGCCCUCGGCAGCAGAUACAAAAUGGUGCACAGGGAGUUCAACCCCGCUGCUGUUUUCUCCCAGAUCCCUGAGCAGGAUGAAGCUUACGCCGAGGACAGUUUCUGUGUGGGAGAGGAGGAGGAGGAGGCUGGCAGUGGCUGCAGUGGGGAGGAAUUGUGUGUGAGCUUUGAGCUGCUCCCCAGGGAGGCUCCCAGCAGCACCAGGCCGUACCUGACGCGCCGCAGGAGGAGGCUGGAGCAGGCCAGGCUGGCAGGGAGAGCUCCUGCCCCGGGGCAGAAGAGGAAACCCUCCAGAAUUAUUGUCCUGAGUGACUCCAGCGAGGAGGAGAUGGGGGCCAGCAGGGAGAGAGCCCUGGCAGCGGGGCAGGGCGAGGGGCAGCUCCCCCAGGCCCCCUCUGCAGAGCCCAGGAGUGGGGCUGGGGGACAGGACACAGGGGGGCUGCUGGAUCACCCCCCAGAGCCCCCAGAGAGGAGCACAGCCACCCCCCCAGCCGGGCCUGGCCCCAGGAACAGGGACCUGCACUGCAGGAACACGGAUCUGCACGGCAGGAACACGGAUCUGCACGGCAGGAACACGGAUCUGCACGGCAGGAACACGGAUCUGCACUGCAGGAACACGGAUCUGCACGGCAGGAACACGGAUCUGCACGGCAGGAACACGGAUCUGCACGGCAGGAACACGGAUCUGCACGGCAGGAACACGGAUCUGCACUGCAGGAACACGGAUCUGCAUGGCAGGAACACGGAUCUGCAUGGCAGGAACACGGAUCUGCACGGCAGGAACACGGAUCUGCAGGCUGCUGCUGAGCACCCACAGGUGUACAGCUCUCUGAAGACCAACGGGAGCAGCUCAGGCUCGGCGUGUCCUGUCCCAAAGCCUUCCUCAGGCACAGCUGGGAUCUCCUGUAACCCUGGGGAGCACAGCCUGGCUGGGAUCUCCUGUAACCCUGGGGAGCACAGCCUGGCUGGGAUCUCCUGUAACCCUGGGGAGCACAGCCUGGCUGGGAUCUCCUGUAACCCUGGGGAGCACAGCCUGGCCGGGAUCUCCCGGGUUCCUGGGGGGCACAGCCCCUCCCUGGCCGGGAUCUCCCGGGUUCCUGGGGAGCACAGCCCCUCCCUGGCCGGGAUCUCCCGGGUUCCUGGGGGGCACAGCCCCUCCCCGUGCGUCCUGGCCGACAGCCGGGAGAUCAGCUCGGGCCCCGAGGUGCUGUCCUGCCUGCGGGCCGUGCACGGGCUGCGGGUGCAGGUUUGCCCCCUGGGCAGCAGCGAUUACAUCGUCAGCAACCGCCUGGCCGUGGACAGGCUGCUGCAGGGGGAGCUGCAGAGCCCCGCCAACAGGAGCAAACUCAGCCAGAGGCUGCAGCGCCUGCAGGGCGUCUUCGAGAGGAUCUGUGUGAUUGUGGAGGCAGACAGGGUCAGGCCAGGAGAAACAUCCCGGUGUUUCCAGAGGACUCAGCACUACGAUGGAGUCCUCUCGGCCUUGAUCCAGGCUGGGAUAAGGAUCCUCUUCAGCUCCUGCCAGGAGGAAACUGCAGCCCUGCUGAAGGACCUGGCCCUGCUGGAGCACAGGAAGGACGCUGCCAUCCAGGUGCCCACGGAGCCAGAGGGGCACCGGCGGGACCUCCUCAACUUCUACCUGAGCAUUCCCAACCUCAGCUACGGAGCUGCCCUCAACCUCUGCCACGCCUUCGGCUCCAUCACAGCCGUGGCCAACAGUUCCGUGGCGGCGCUGGCGGCGGGGGCGCGGCUGAGCCGGCCCCAGGCCGAGGAGCUCCAUCGCUUCCUGCGCCACGACUUCGACCCCGAGCUGCUGCCUCAGCCCCUGCCCAAGGGGAAGAGCUGAGCCCGGCUCUGCGGGCGCUGCACUGCACUUUACCCAGUCGGGAUUGAAUGUACAUUAUGUAAAUAAACUCUUGCCAAACCUCAGCGUGUGCGAGCUGCACCGCCCCGGCUGGCGCUGCCCCGGCUGGCACCGCCC